CCCUCUCUCUUUUUCAGACUCGGCCUGUGUCUUUCACCCUGUCUGCCCUCCAUUGCCAACACCUUUCUGUCCUGUCCCUUGUGUUGGUCUCUUCCCCCUCUAGGAGAAGAUGUCGGCUCAGGACAGCUGCCUCAGCCUCGUCAAGUACUUCCUCUUCGUUUUCAACCUCUUCUUCUUCGUCUUAGGCAGCCUCAUCUUCUGCUUCGGCAUCUGGAUUCUCAUCGACAAGGCCAGCUUCGUGUCCUUUGUGGGCUUGUCCUUCAUAUCCCUGCAGAUCUGGUCCAAGGCCCUGGCCAUCUCAGGAAUCCUCACCAUGGGCCUCGCCCUCUUAGGCUGUGUGGGGGCACUCAAGGAGCUCCGCUGCCUCCUGGGUUUGUAUUUUGGGAUGCUGCUGCUCCUGUUUGCCACCCAGAUCACCCUGGGAAUCCUCAUCUCCACGCAAAGGACCCUGCUGGAGCGGAAGGUGCAAGAAAUGGUGCUGGAGACGAUCCAGAACUACCGCGCCAACCCGGAGGAGACGGCGGCCGAGGAGAGCUGGGACUACGUGCAGUUCCAGCUGCGCUGCUGCGGCUGGAAUUCUCCGCAGGACUGGCUCCAGGUCCUCAGCCUGAAAGGCAACGAGUCGGAGGAGUCCCGCGUGCCCUGCUCCUGCUACAACUCGUCGUCGACCAACGACUCCGCAACCUUCGAUAAGAUCUUCUUCCCCCAGCUCAGCCGGCUCGGACCGCUGGUGCGACCCAGACGCAAUACCGACUUCUGCGUGAUUCCUGCGAACAGCCACAUCUACGGCGAGGGCUGCAAGCGGAGCCUCCAGAAGUGGCUGCGGAACAACCUCAUCUCCAUAGUGGGCAUUUGUCUGGGCGUCGGUCUACUAGAGGUUAGUGUGGUGGGGCUAAGCCUGCUGCUACCGCGCAGCGCGCUCUAUCGGGAACCUCAGGCGCAGGUGCCGGCAACCAGCGGUUCGAGCCCCGCACCGGGCCUGAGCGCUGACGGCGGCGGCGGGCGCGGUGGCAUGCUAAGCAGCAGCGGACGCAACAGCAGUCUAUGGGGUGGCUGGGGCAUGGGGGGUGCCUGCCCCAACUGGGGAGACAAAGCCCCGCAGGGCAAGUUACCCAUGGCCCUGGGGCCCUGGCCGCUGUGGGAUCAAGACGAGGAGCAGCGCGAGACCGGGAGCGUAGGCGCGGAGGUGGAGGCCGAGGGGGAGGCAGAUGAGCCUCUGGAAUAAAGGAUGGCGCUU